UUUAUCUAGCCUAACAGCAAUAUGUCUGACGAGGAGGAGAAUAAUCUUGAAGAAGGAGAAGAAGAGGAAGAAGGGGAGCCAGUAGACUGCAAGCUUACAGAACAAAUGUGUGGAGAUAGCUUAGCUCUUCUUUGUAAGAUCGGAAAUGGUUUGUCACAUGCUUACGUCAAGAUGGACCUUCAUGGAAAGUCCUUGACGGAUAUAUCAAUAAUCAGUGCAUUUGUGCACGUCAGAUAUCUGGAUUUGUCGUUCAACAAACUGGACUCCCUCACUCCACUGUCCUCGCUGACCCACUUGCUGACUCUAAAAGCUGAUAAUAACAGACUUACCACCGCUGCUUUGCCUCAGAUGCCAUACCUUCAAAGGGCAAGUUUCCAGAACAAUAAUAUCACAACAACAGAAGGCAUUUCUCACCCUCUUCUGGAAGUUCUGAAUCUCAACAACAAUCAGAUAACGGAAGCAAAGUUUGAUGCUGAAGCCCUGAGGAAACUGUCAGUUUUAGAAAUCAGAGGUAACCAGCUGACCUCUACUGCUGGAUUAGGACUGCCCAAACUUCAGCGACUUUAUUUGGGAGAAAACCUAAUCACACAAGUAAGUGACUUAGACAAGUGCAUUGCUCUGAAGAUACUUCAUCUCCGGGGAAAUGGUGAGACAACCAAUCAACUGGAGACACUAGAUGGCUUCUCCAAGAACAUGGUCGCUCUUCAGUAUCUCAAUCUGAGAGGCACUAAGAUAUCCGCCCUGAAGCCGGAAAUCAAGAAGAUAAAGUGUCUGCCGAUGUUACGAGGGCUGAUAUUAAAGGACACUCCUGUGGCUAAAGAGGAGGAGUAUCGUAUAGAGGUUAUCAUGAACAUCAGGAAUCUAGAGAGACUUGACAAGGACAUCUUCACAGACGAAGAGAGACAGGAAGCUCAGGAGUUGUAUCGUCAGAGAGAAGAGGAAGGAAAGCUGAGCGAGAGUAAUCCAGAAGGAGCUAUGUUUCUCGACUGAGAGGCUAGCUAAAGCACUUCAUCGACUCGAACCAGGACUCAUUUGGUGGCAGCAGCCCUGUCUUGAUUUAGAGUAUAAUUUGGUUUUCUUGAGGUGUAUUGCGUUGCAUUUUAGAAUCGCUUUCCAUCUCGGAAUUCUCACUACAAUUGGGACAGGGCUGUGUGUAACGAACUCAAAUGGAUCUGUCGGUCGAUCACAUGUAAUUAAAUCCUGCUGCAGGCCGUGUUUAUAUCUGAUUAAACUCUUGUAAAUAUCUGUAAUAUUAAUAUUUUGUUGAACAAUUGAAA